GUGUUCCAACAGUUCCAUUAUUACCACCACAAGUCAGUCAGUCCCUUACCUCUGUGCCACCAGUUAACCCAGCAACUACAUUACCAGGUCUGAUGCCAUUACCAGCAGGGCUUCCCAACCUGACUGAUCUGUCCAAACUCAAUUUACCUGCACCACACAUCGUUCCAGAAAUCAUACAGCCUGGUUUGCCACCCCUUCCCUCCUUGCCGCCUCUGAAUCUAAUGGGAAUAACACCUCUGUCCAUGCCACCCAAAUGUGUUCCUCUGCUUCCUUUGGUCACAGAGGCAUCUACAGUGCCUACAGAUUUGCUUCCCUCCAUCACUCAAGCCGGAGGCUUUUCCGUUGACCCUGGCACUACUGUAAAUGUAGAACAGACCUCUACGCUCACCUUGGAUAGCGCUACCCCGACAUCUAAGGCAGUUAUUGUUGAAAAAUCAAGUGAAUCCUCUGCAGUUAAUGAGAAAACAUCUGGAGUCACAGAUACACAAGCUUCUGAAUCAUAACUCCAGGUCACUCUGUUGGAUUGGCUUGGUAUUUAUUUAGCCAUGGGAUACAUAUUUGAAGAGCAAGCUGUCAUUAAUUUCAUACUAGUUUGUACUUUAAUCUUUAGGAGUCCUGUAAAUAAUAUGGAGGUAUAAUAAAAAUAAAAGGGGGUUUAUAAAGUGCGUGUGGUGGGAGGGGAGGAAGAGUACUUGUAUGUAACCAAAAAAAGUCAAG